AUGGUCUUUGGAUUUCUCGGUAUGGCAGUUUGCUCGAUGUUGGCAGGAUUCGGCGAGUCCCUCGAUCUGACAUUAUUCCGCAAACUUGCCCUGGUGACGGCGGGGAUGUGGUUGUUUGUGACCAUCGGACGCAUUUACACGAUAUUGUACUUUUUCAAGAGCUUGAAGGAAUUCAAGUUGAUCAUGACAUGUGUCUUGGGCGGCGCAGUAUCCGUUUUCACCAAUGCCUUUGUUUAUAAAGCGCUUCCCUACAACUUGCGUCUUUAUAUGUACUUUCCAUACUGCCUUGUGAUGGCUGCUCUAGUGUACUUCAAGGUCCCCAACACCCCUCGUUUGAGCGCAAACAUUGGUUUCAAUUCAAAGGGGAGAACAUUGUGGCCAAAUCUUGCAGGUUUUGUUUCCUCCGUUUUACUCAACUUCGUCAUGAUGCACUUUAAUGGUCUCCCACCAUUCCUAUAUGGUGUGUGCAUUUUGGUGCACAUGGCCCUCCAAGGUCUAUUUGCGUUGCCGUUGAUGCGGUUGGGACAUGUUAAGUUUUGGGAUACUUUAAUCAUCAAUCAAACACGCGGAUAUACCGAGGAACUAAGGGAAAUCUAUCUUCCCAUUGUUGCGCCAUUUUGA